CAUUAUUUGACACGCCGCACCGCACGACAUACCCGCACAUCUUGACAAUUUAUAGCAGAGCAAGCAAUGGGCAUUAGAAUUAAAGUUUACUUCUAAGUACUGAAUAUAUUACAUCUAUUCGUUCAUUUUAUUUAUCUUAAAUUUGCACCUACAAAAAUGGAUAUUGAAGAAUGUAUGAAGGAGUGGCAGGAUUUGCUUGCAGACUACAAACGUCUCGAGACUAUAAACAAGGAUUAUGCAACAAAGUUGGAGGAAGUGGGGGAGCUGCAAGCUGCAUGCGUUAAGGAACUCAAUCAUCAAAGAUAUAGAAUGUCCGUUAUAAACGGAGCACUCAAAAGAUUAGAAAAAAAAGGUUUGACGAAAGAUGAGCGUGUUGCUAACCUGGAGAAGGAGAUAAUGAAAAGGAAAGCUAUGCUACAUGAAAUAGAAGCCACUUUGCCUAAACAGAACAGUCUGUAUUUAAGGAUUAUACUCGGAAACGUCAAUGUAUCCAUAUUGAAUAAAAAUGAUAAAUUCAAAUAUAAAGACGAAUAUGAGAAGUUUAAGUUAAUACUUAGUGCAAUAGCAUUUGUGUUGGCUGUAGCAAACCUUUAUAUCAAUUUCAGGCCACUUCAAUUGAUAUUAAUAUUCCUUUUGGUAUGGUAUUAUUGUACAUUGACGAUAAGAGAAAGCAUUCUCAAGGUGAAUGGAUCAAGGAUUAAAGGUUGGUGGCGACUCCAUCACUUCAUAUCGACAGUGGUGGCUGGAAUACUUCUCAUCUGGCCGCAGAAUACACCAUGGAAUGAGUUUAGACACACAUUUAUGUGGUUUAUUGCUUAUAUUAGUGUAGUCCAAUACAUGCAGUUCAGAUAUCAAAGUGGAGUAUUGUACAGGCUGAAAGCGCUCGGUGCAAGGCAUAACAUGGACAUUACGAUAGAGGGCUUCCACUCCUGGAUGUGGCGCGGCCUCUCCUACCUUCUGCCUUUCCUCUUCGGAGGAUACAUAUUCCAGCUGUACAUUGCAUACACAUUGUACCAUAUCAGCUACCAUCCUGAAGCUACAUGGCAGGUGCCAGCGUUAAGCAUAUCCUUCCUGACAAUCGGCAUCGGCAACACGGCCACCACUCUCAUAGUCAUACCACAGAAACUCAACGAGCAGGUAACCUUGUAACAGCUGCACAACAAACGCACGUAAAUAUCUAAACUAGUAGUUUUUAAACACGUUUUCCACUAAGCGAGAAGACACGUACGACUUUUUAGUGUUCACCCUUGUGGUGACGUACCUUACAAAAAUGCCGAUCGAGCGCAGUUAUUCGCUUCGUGGAAAAAUAAAUUAAGAACAAACAUGGUAACACUGAAACAAAAAAAAAUAAAAUAUAGUACAACAAGUACUAAUGUUGGUUUCUUAGGCCUUCUGUAGAAAAUAUCGUCAUUUCUGUCAUUAUCAUUGAUAAAACAGAGAUAACAAUAUGUUUUUAAAUGGGAAUUUUGCUCUCAGAGACUCGGUUUAAGUAAUUUAUUCUUGGCGCUGUUAAAUGUAGUUUUUUGUUACAUUUUAUGCAAAACUUUCAGUGUUACCAUAAUUUAAUGCUAAUUUUUUUCGAGUACGGCAAAUUUAGCAGCUUUUUUCUUUUUAAAUAUGUUAAUACUUUUUUUGUAGACUUACACGCAAAUUGCAAAUUGAUUAUUGCCCGUAAAAUCUCAAUGCCGUGAGUAAAAUGGAAUUGUAAAUAAUUUUGCCACAGUUUUCUUGAACGACAUCUAUAAAGGCUUAAUUUUUCAAUACUAUUAUUUUAAAUUAUUUUUUUUUAUGUAAUACUUAGAUAUUAAGUAUGUAUAUAUUUGAAAUAAUAUGUUUUGUAAAUUAUGAUAUUUUUAACAUAUCUCAUAUGUCGAAUCUCAAUAGUUUUUUGUACAAACAUUUCGUAAGUGGCAAACGAUUAUCUCGAUUAAAUUAAUUAUUGUGCAUUUUUUGUAUUUCAUUUUGUUAUAUUUGUCGCAUUUUCUUUGUUCUGGAUUGCAUAUUUUGGCAACCCUAUUUUAUGUGGACCAAAUGUAACCAUGAUUUUUACUAAGAGACUUUAAAAAAUCAUAUUGUACAGAAGUACUGGCAUUCGAAAUUCACGGUCGUGUUAAUAUGCACUUUAUUAAAAUAUAAUUUAUUACUUUUUUGUAUAUCCACAUUUUUCUCAAGAUGUAUGAUUUGCCAGUCAAUUCAAAUGUAUACCGACAAGGAUAACUGACUUGGUGUAUAAGUCAAACGAAAUUUAAUAGCUCACUAACGCCCUCUUCGCAAUGUCAAAAAGUCUCGUACGAUCCUUUUCCAACUGUAGCAGUCAUGUCAUGUUUUUUCUUUUAUACAAUUUUCUAUGCAAUUUUAUAUAUCGGGUCAGAUUUCCUUGUUUGACUAUGUUAUUAUAGAUCUUAGUUGUUGUGUCGUAAUUAUUGUAUGAUGUGGAUGUGUUGUAACCAUUAUAUCUAACCGUAGGUUUCCACUCGAUCGUAAAAAUAUUUUGCUAUCUGAAUAAUUCAAGGAUAAAAAGCGGGGACAAUAUGUUUUUGGAUGUAUCGGGGGUGGAAACCAAAUUUAUUGUAUUCAAAAGUAGCUGUCUGCUUAGCUUAAUUUGUGGACUUGUUAAUUGUUUUUUUUCUUGCUUUUAAUUUUUUAGUUUUCAAUAUAGCCAAUGAUUCAUUCUGCUAUAUAUUUAUUUAAGUAGAUAAUGUAUUUUAUUCAAUAGGUAGUGACAUCACAAUUUUUCAAAUAGUAUUUUUCAAAUGGGUACCAUAGCUUAAGUAGGUUAUAAAUUAAAGUUGUCAAAGCAUUUGUUAGAUUUUUUACAAACGAUUAGUUUUAUGCUUAUUUUUAAUAGAAAACAAUUAAAUAUAAAAAUGCACGAUUUUAAAUUUUUACAAACUUGAUUACAAUAAGUAUUUAUACAUUUCAAUUUGCAUGUUCUUUUUGUUAACUAUAGUGUGACACAGAUUUUAUUGCAGUUUUUUAUAUUGGCAAAUCUAUCAGUUUUUAAGGUUGGCAACCCCAAGUAAAAUUUUCCUUGUUUCUGCCAAAAGUUUCCAAUAUUAAAUACAAAAACAACUUGUAAGCCAAUUAUUUGCAACCAAUAACCUGAAUGCAUUUAAUAAUUGCUAACUUUUCAAAUUUAUAUUCCACACGAAAUAUUACAGCUUUAGGAUUUUUCAACAAAAGUCAAGGUAAAUUUCCGCUUUUUCCAUUAUGUCUUGUAUUAAUAGUACUUAAAUAGCGAUUCGUCGAAUGUUAGCAAUUAAACCUACAUUCAAAAUGUCACACGUAAUAUUUUUUGAUAUUAUCAUAAUGGCAACUUUAUCCCGUGCAGUUGCCGCUCUCGUGUUGGCUAAAAAUGACGAUGUCAAAAUGACAUUGUUAGUUCACAUAUUUUCCGAUUGUGUAAAAUUGCUUAAGUAAAUAAUUGAUACAUUAUUUUCCAUGUAACUAGUCAAUUUGUAUUUUAAACCUUAUGUUUAUUAGUUAUUUUGUUAUUCAGUCGACGCAUUUGAUACGCUGCAGUUUAAAAUCGCCUCUAAAGAUGCUACAUUGUAAAGAACGAUUAUGAAAAUUAUAGGAAACUGUUUUUUUUUAUAAUUUUGUAAUACAAUUAACAGAUUUAUAAUGUACUUACAAGUAACUUAUAAUUUAUAUCCUAAGGUUCAAUGUAUUGGAUUAUUUUUAUUAAUUUAUGCUAUAU